AUGCCGCCGCCGCCACCACCAACGCCGACGGUCACGAGGGCGGCAGGUCGACAGCACUCACCCCUGCUCCGUCUGAUUUUCUGCACCCUACUCGCCCUGAUUGUAUUUUUCGGCGCUGUAGUCCUCAUCAUCUGGCUGACCGUGCAUCCCAGGAAGUUCAAAUACUCCAUCGAGCAGGGAUCCAUCUCCGGCUUCAACCUGACCAGGAACGACCGCCUCACCGCCGAUUUCCAAUUCUUCGUCCGCGCGAACAACCCCAAUCGGAGGACUUCCGUGUACUACGACAAGAUCGACGCCACGGUGUCGUACGACGACCAGGUGCUGUCCACGGCCAGCUUGCCGCCGUUCCACCAGCCGCGGCGGAACGUGACCCAAUUGGAUCUGCACCUGAAGGCGGCGGAGGCGGCCCUGUACGGGGCGGUGGCGCGGGAUCUAAGGAUGGAGCGGGCGGCGAGGGAAAUUGGGGUAGAUUUAAGGAUUAGGGCUAAUAUUAGGCUGAAGAUUGGGGUUUUCAAGAUCCACCGGAAGCUUAACGUGCUGUGCGGGCCGGCAAUUGUUCCGUUUAACUCGUCCAAGGGUUUUGAGAGGGUUUAUUGUGAGGUGGAUUUUGACGAUUGA